AUGAGUAGUUAAGAGGAGGAUAAUCAAUUCGAUCAAGAAUAUGAGCAAAAUAAUUAACAAAUAGAUGAAUUCGAAUAAAGGUACAAAUAGAAUCAGACAUCUUCUGAGGAUGAAGAACAUUAUUAACAAAGAAGCCUUUAGUAAAACAGUAAGGUUGAAUAGUUACCUAGACCAUAAAAUAAAAUCGAAGCCAUUUAAAAACAAUUAGAAUUUUAUAAGAAGCAGCCUCCCAAGACUUUGGCAGAAGAAUGUGAGGAUGUGAUAAAUUCAAAAAAUGAAACUUUAAAAGAUCGAAAGAUUCGGGAAUUAGUUCAGAAGAAUAGACAAUUGUUGCUCAGUUACGAGAAGGAAAAACAAUCAAGAAAGAAACUUGAAGAACAAGUGAAUAAAGCACUUAAAGAAACUGAUGAAGGAAUCAAAGCUUUGGAUAAAAGCAUACCAAAAGCUCCGAUUCCUAAAGCAGAUCCAUUGGCAAAAGCAUUGAAAGGAUCUGAAUCAUAGAAAGAAGAUCUUGGAGUGGCUGAUGAUUUUAAGAAUAAAUUUAAAGAAGCAGACAAAAAAGUGUAGGAAUAGCGAGUUAAAUUAUAAUAGGUGAAAACAGAGUUGAAUAAAGCAAUGAGAAUAAUAUAAAGGGAAGUAGGAGAGAAUGCAAAUUUAGAUCAAUUAUUAAUGGAUGAAAAUGGAUGGAAGGGUAGGGCUUAAUAGAUAGAAAUCUUGAAAUCAAAAGUGAAAGAUCUAAAUUCCAAACUAGGAUCAUCAUCUUAAUAUUCUGAUGUUUCUUAAAUGUCCAAGCAAUCUAAAUCAGAAGCCAAGAAUAAUUCUGAUAAAUAAUAAUACGAGCUAUUAAAAUCGUAGUAUGAAGCAGUUAGAGUAGAGAAUGAGAAUUUAUAACAGAAGAUAAAAGCAGUAUCAAGUAGGAGAUAAAUAUUGGAAGAUCAAAUAAAAGAUGUUAAGGUGGAAUAUGAAAAGAAUAAAAAGAUUUUAUUAGAGAAGAGCGAGAAUGAUGACAAGUACAUAUUUGCUUUGAAAUCUGAAUUAGACAAAUUGAAAAAGAAUUAACCACAAUCAGAAACUAAAAUAGUUUAUAAGCCAGCUGAUGAUGAGGAGACCAGAAAAUUAAGAUAAGAGCUGAAGUAUUGUAAAGAGGAAAUUGGUCGUAAUGAGUAGAUGAUCAAAGAAUUAAUAGCAGAAAAAGUCAAUAGGAGUAAAUAGGAAUUGCCUUAAUAAUAAUAGUAGGAGAAAGCUCAGACUAAGCCAGUUCAAACUGAUGAGAGAGUGAAGAAGUUGGAAGAGGAAAUAAAAGCGUUAAAGAGAGAGAGGGAUGAGUUCUUUAAGACGUUAACUAAGGAUGUAGAAACUUAGAAGAUGAUAAAAGAUUUAACUAUGCAAAAUGUAAAAUUGAGAAAUAAGAUUGAUGAUUUAACCAAAAAAUGA